CCUUCAAAAUUUGCUUCUCGCCUGAUCGCCAGUCGUCAUCUCUCCUACCGAACCAACAAGUUGUGCACGAUCAAACAGUUUAUUGGGACCGUUAAUCGGUUCGAAAUCAAUAUGGACACCUCAAUUUUGGAUGAGGAAAGGAGGUGAGUAGAUCGCACGAGGUUCCCGUACCGGAUGAUGUAGGCGCACACUCUGAUACUCUUCGGAUGCUGGAUGGACUUUAUAUAGUGACGAAGGGACAGACGAGUUGCUAUGGUGUACAAGGAGUAGCAACAAGCAGACUCAAUUGGUGAAAUCAUCUUUGUAAACGACCAGUAUGUGCCAUAGAUUCAAAUAGCUGGGUGAAUUCUAUAGCUGAUUCGUCUUCUUUGGAGAAAUGGAGUAGAAUAAUUCGCGAUGUUUCCAACGGCAGCAGCGAUCUUAAGCUUAAAUUGCAAGAAACUAGUUUAGCAUCCUAAUACAGAGGAAGAAAGUGAAUGUGCCAACAUAAUUAGAAGCUGUUAAGUUAAACAACGUCGAAGUUUAUGAAGUCUGGGAUUGUGUCGUCAGAGAUUGGUCGGAUCCGACAGGUGGGUGUGUAAUUAAUUAAUAUCAUCUUAAACCUUAAAUAUGUACCGCUAAAGGUAAGUGUACUGCUAAUGCUAUGUACUGCUAAAGGAUAAUUCUUUUUUGGCUACACUGGCGUGCAUUCUCCACCGGAAGCUGUUGACAUUUUAAUUCUAACGACUAGCACUUAACCAUUUCAAUUUGUAAUUUAUCUUUUCUUAGGAAACUAAACUUCCUAACAAAACUAACUUUUCCUAGGAACUUAAAGUUCCUAACUUUUAGCAUCCGAGUAUUGAGGAAAAUGUGCCUAAAUAAUUAUAAACUGCGUUUAGUAAAACCACAUUGAAAUUCAUGAAGUGUCUUGGAAUUACGAGCUAGCGGAUCAAACAGGUUGAUGUGUAAUCAGCUGUUAUUGUUAUCACCUCUUCGCCUUGAAUUAUGUACAAACUUCCAAUGAUAGGUUUUUUUCUGCAGCAACACAAUUGACAAACACAUUGGCAAACGUUCUCUACCGGAAGCUGUUGCGCUGACAUUUUAGGCCAAACGAAAAAGGUUAGAUGAUUCUAUUACGUUACAUUCGUUUCGAUAGAAACAGCCCACGACUUUCACAAGAUCUAUUGCCUUUAUUGUGUGGUCUAACAUAACUUGCGCUGCGCAUCCAACAAGGGAGACUUAAUUAACUUCUCGGCGUGUGAUCGAGUAAUGCAGGAACAGCAUGUGGACGAAUAUUGGUACCGUUUUUUUUUUAUUAUUGUGUUAUUUUACCCGGCAAUAUUGCUAGAUACUGAAUUGAAUGAAGUCCACUCUAUCAUAUCAUUGGGUGAAAAAGUGGGUAGAAUGUGAUCUCCUUGAUUGGUGUAUACUACAACGCUUUUAACAGCGAAUUAAAUAUUUUUCUGGGGCAUCUAUUUCAUUUGGCUAUUGCUUUAUUGCCGGAGGUAUCAGCUCACUGCUGCUUGUUGUUAAGGCUAUACUUUUACUGAAUCGGCACCCUUGAGCUAAACUAACAGUGUAAAUCAACUUGACUAAAGAACUCUCAAACAUGUAACCAACUUUAGCGCCAAUCGAGUCCUUCACUGAAAAACAAGUUUCAACAUGGGAGCUGUGCGCUGUGCCUCCAUCAGUCUCGAUUGGCUUCAUUGUAGUUGCGCAGCGUGGCGAAAGCCAAUACCCAGUAUAUCUCCGUCUCUUCCUAUUUAUAGUUAUUCUUGCCAUCUGGUAAUUCGUUCUGUCGAGACCUUUUCAUCUGUAAUUUUUCGGCCGCUUUUAGCAAUGCCUUGAAUUUUCAAUGAAUGUAUGAUUAUUUAAAAUUGAUCUAAGGACUCUCAAUUUGAAAAAAAGCAUCGAUUCGGGAUUUUGAUUACAACUCGUUAAAAAGUUAAAGAUAGAUGGCUCUACUUUUCUCCCAUAUGCAGACGAGGCUUUACUGUCUGAUGCAGACGAGUAAUUUAGUGCACGUGUGUUGAUGCAAGUUGCUUGAAUAACAAAAGGUUAGACAUCGUGAAAGCGAAAGGUAAUGGUUUUGAAGUAAAGCAUAAAUAGAACGUCAAUAAGGUGGGGCCAUUGAUGUACGCCAUGUCUGCUCAUAACUGUUACCGUUUGAAAUCUGAUUGCAGUUUCGAUUGACACGUAUCAUUUAUUUUACUUUUGUGAUUACGGCAGACUUGCGCUGUUGGUUGCUUGGUUAUUAUUUGUAUCUCCUUCUAUCCUGUGUUGUACUGACUAGCUCCUUGUUAAUAACAAUAUUCUUUUUGCACAGAAAAUGACAGACCCCAAAGCUCAUAUGACAGAUGAAGAGAAGCAUCAGUUAGCCUUGAAGCUUGAUGAAGAUUUAGAAGAAUUUAUAAAUUCCCGUAAAAAUACUCCUUACUCUGAAGGAUGGAACGAGGAGACCUGGGAACAAGAAAUGGAGCAGCAUCCAUUUUUCAUGAAGAAACUUCCAGAAGAGGGAGAACCUUUACCACCUCUCCUUGAAGCUUUUCAACAGCUAAAGUAUGACCCAGAAGAAAAUACUACUGAAGACUUAGCUUUGUCCUACAAAGAUGAUGGCAAUUUCAACUUCAAACUGAAAAAAUAUCGCUUUGCUAUCGCGAAUUAUACUGAAGGUCUUAAACAGAAAUGUGGAAACGUGGAAAUUGAUGCAACCUUGUAUCUCAAUAGAGCUGCUUGCCAAUUUCAUCUAGGCAACUACAGGUCAUCCUUGAAUGACAGCCUGCAAGCUGCAAAAUUAAAACCUGAUUACACAAAGGCCGUCGUACGAGCUGCCCAAUGUUGCUUAAAAUUAAAACGGUACGCUGACGGCCAGAAAUGGUGCGACUAUGGAAUAAGACUAAAAAACACUGAUCCCUCGCUUGUUAAAUUGCGAACUGAGCUCGUGCAGGGUCAAAAACUUGAGGAAAGAAACAAGAGAAAAGAAGAGAUAGCAGAAAGAAAAGAAGAAGCUUUAAUUAACGAGCUAAUUACCGCCCUAGGUGUUCGUGGAAUCAACACUGGCUUAAAGAGGAAAAAGGAUAGUGAACGCGCAAUCUUGGACUUGUCAAGCAUUGAACCAUGCCAUCCUGCUGCGAUUGGGAAACGUGUUCACCUUGUCGACGGUUGUUUAGUUUGGCCAGUCCUUUUCUUGUAUCCAGAGUAUGGGGAAACCGACUUCGUUCAGGAAUUCCACGAAGACACUUGCUUUAUGGACCAUCUGCAAUUGAUGUUUGAGGAAUUACCACUUUGGGAUCUGGAGAAAAAAUACAAUCCAGCUUCAAUCCGGAUGUAUUAUGAACACAGAGAUAGCGGGAAACUUCAUGUUGUUGAUCCGAAUAGUUCAUUGAAGACUGUGCUGUCCCAAAACACGUAUGUUGUUCAAGGGGGUACUCCUGGUUUUAUUUGUUUGGUCGAAGGAAGCCCAUUCCAGAAAGAAUUUUUGAAAAGGUACACAAGUUGAUAUUUCGAGCGGAUUUGUAAUGACGAGAAAGAUAUACAAAUUACAUCAAAUUGUUUAUAAAAUUUCAAGGAAGUAAUCGA